AUGGCCUCUUCCUCUUCCCGCGUCCAUGUCCAGAACCGCAUCGCCGCCCUCCAAGCCGCCCGCGACGGCGACCUCCGCGCCCUCAAGGAAAUGGCGGAGCGGACGGACUUGCGGGGAGCCCAGGACGUGGAAGGUGCUAACGCGCUGCAUCUGGCUGCAGACAAGGGUUCUCUCGAGUGCUGCAAGUUCUUGAUAGAAGAAGUAGGGCUUGGUGUCAACUCAGUGACCACCACAGGCAAGACACCUUUGAGCUGCGCUCUAUACGCCGGGAACGCCCAAGUUAUGAAGUACCUUAUCGAUCAUGGCGCUAACCCGAAAAAGGCCAAUGCCCAAGGCUUGACGAUGCUGCACAUUGCAGCCGGGAGAGGGCUAUGCGAGCCUUUAGAGCUGUUGCUGUCCCAAGGAAUUCCUGUGGACAUUAUGCUCGUGGUUUAUGUCGGGACGCCAUUGCACGCGGCUGCUUCGAGGGGUCAGCAUCAGGCUAUGAAGAUUCUGCUGGAGCAUGGUGCUGAUCCCAACAUACUUAUGGAUGAUAACGUAUCACCACUCAUGCUGGCAUGCUGUGAGAAGUCUCUCAAAUGCAUGAGGCUACUGAUUGAGGCUGGUGCUGAUGUCAACGGUAACUCUUACCGCGGGCCGACUCCCCUAACAUAUGCAGUGGAAUCUGGCUGGACAGAUAUUGUCAAGUUCUUGCUUGAGGCUGGGGCAGACCCUAAUAUUCCUGCCGAGGGUGGGGAUAUUCCAAUCAAAUUAGCAGCAAAGUGUGGUCAAAGUGACCUUGUCAAAAUUCUGUUUUCCAAGACAAAACAAGUUCCAUCUCUGCCAUAUUGGACAGUUGAUGGUAUAAUUAGAACGAUGGAAUCUCCACUUAUCAGACGUCAGGAUCCAGUUCCUGGAGAAGGAAUAAUAACUGCUUUGAAGUCACGAGGGAGGGCUGCAUUUGCAAAGGAGGACUACCAUGCCGCACUGUACUUCUUUGGACGGGUGAUUGAGAUAGACCCAUCUGAUGCCACCAUGUUUUCCAACCGGAGCGCUUGCUGGCUGCAGAUGAGGGAAUGGGAAAGAGCCUUGUCAGACGCCCAAUACUGCAGAAAACUUCAGCCUGAUUGGUGCAAGGGAUGGUUCCGUGAGGGUACAGCUCUCACAUUCAUGGAGAAUUACCAAGGAGCAGCUGAUGCAUUCCAGGAAGCACUGAAACGUGAACCUGAGAGCGACGAGAUCAAGAGAGCUCUAGGGUAACGAAGAUGCAUUUUGCUAGUUUACCUACUUGUUAUCCUAUUGAAUUAGUACA